AUGGCUGCCGGAAACGCAGUCAUCGGAGGGAAGUACAAAAUUGGUCAGAAAAUUGCAAGUGGCUCAUUUGGUGAAAUUCAUAUAGGGUCACAUAUUGAGAAUGCUGAAACUGUUGCAAUUAAGAUGGAGAAUAGGAAAACCAAACAACCACAGCUACUUUAUGAAGCUCAGCUAUAUAAUCUUCUAAAAGGAGGAAGUGGUAUUCCAAGAGUGAAAUGGAGUGGCACUGAUAGAGACAACAACUUUCUAGUUCUUGAUCUUUUAGGACCAAGUCUUGAAGACCUUUUUUACUAUUGUGGGAAGAAAUUUUCAUUAAAAACCGUUUUGAUGUUGGCUGAUCAAAUGCUUACAAGGAUAGAGUAUUUGCAUUCCAAGGGCUUUUUGCAUAGAGACAUUAAGCCAGAUAACUUCCUUAUGGGUCUUGGCAGAAAAGCAAAACAGGUUUAUAUGAUUGAUUUUGGACUUGCAAAGAGAUACAGAGACCCUAUCACAAAUAAGCAUAUCCCUUGUAGGGAAAACAAACUUUUAAUAGGGACUCCACGUUAUGCUAGUCGCAAUACUCAUUCGGGAUUUGAACAAAGUCGCCGGGAUGAUCUGGAGUCUCUUGGUUAUGUUCUUAUGUACUUUAUAAGAGGAAGCCUUCCUUGGCAAGGUCUACAAGCUCCAACAAAUAAACAAAAAUACGACAAAAUUUGUGAAAUGAAGAAAUCAAUUCCAAUUGAUAUACUUUGCAAGUCAUGUCCUGUGCAGUUCGCAUCAUACUUUCGGUAUUGCCAUUCUUUGACAUUUGAUCAACGACCAGAUUAUGGAUUCUUGAAGCGCAUGUUUCGUGAUUUAUUCAAUGCUCAAGGAUAUGAUGAUUUAUUUGACUGGACCAUUCUAAAAUAUCAGCAAAUGCGGCAGACAAAGACGUUAAUUGAAUCAAACGAUGGUGACAACCAACAAGGUAUGUAAUCAAGUGUUAUUAUUCACAAAUUUUCACAUCAUCAAAAUAUCCCAAUUCUCACCAUAGCUUGAAUUCUGUGGAUUAUAACUUUUC